CCUCUCCCGCCCCGGAAGUGAAAGCCUGAGGUCUUUUCCAAGUGUGAGUGCUGAGGCUCCGGCGGCGGUUUUGGAGAUGCCGGGCGCUUCAGCGAAGGAUUCGGAGUUGUCCGAAAGGAUCGAAGGUUUCGUAGAAGCCUUGAAGCGGGGCGGCGGGCAGCGCAGCGAGGACAUGGCCCGGGAGACCCUGGGGUUGCUGUGCCGCAUCAUCACGGACCACCGCUGGGGCAACGCGGGGGAGCUGAUGGCGCUGAUCCGCAGAGAAGGCAGGAGGAUGACGGCUGCACAGCCCUCCGAGACCACUGUGGGCAACAUGGUGCGGAGAGUGCUGAAGAUCAUCCGGGAGGAGUAUGGCAGACUUCAUGGGCGCAGCGAUGAGAGCGAUCAGCAGGAGUCCCUGCACAAACUCUUGACAUCCGGAGGCCUGAGCGAGGAUUUCAGUUUCCAUUAUGCCCAACUUCAGUCCAACAUCAUUGAGGCGAUUAAUGAGCUGCUGGUGGAGCUGGAAGGUACAACUGAGAAUAUUGCAGCCCAAGCCCUGGAACACAUCCAUUCUAAUGAGGUGAUCAUGACCAUUGGCUUCUCCAGAACAGUUGAGGCCUUCCUUAGAGAGGCUGCCCGGAAAAGGAAGUUCCAUGUCAUUGUAGCAGAAUGUGCUCCAUUCUGCCAGGGUCAUGAAAUGGCCGUCAAUUUGUCCAAAGCAGGUAUCGAGACAACUGUCAUGACUGAUGCUGCCAUUUUUGCUGUUAUGUCAAGAGUCAACAAGGUGAUCAUUGGCACGAAGACCAUCCUGGCCAAUGGUGCCCUGAGAGCUGUGACAGGAACACACACUCUGGCGCUGGCAGCAAAACACCAUUCUACCCCACUCAUUGUGUGCGCGCCUAUGUUCAAACUCUCCCCACAGUUCCCCAAUGAAGAAGAUUCCUUUCACAAGUUUGUGACUCCUGAAGAAGUCCUGCCUUUCACAGAAGGGGACAUUCUGGAGAAGGUCAGUGUUCACUGCCCAGUGUUUGACUACGUCCCCCCUGAGCUCAUUACCCUCUUCAUCUCCAACAUCGGUGGGAACGCACCUUCCUACAUCUACCGCCUGAUGAGUGAGCUCUACCAUCCUGAUGACCAUGUCCUCUGACCACCAAGCCGCCACGUGCGCUAACCAGAGCCAGCUUAGAAAGACCCACUCCGGCUGCUGCUACAGUGUGGCAGAACAGUCAACCUACAGAACCUCAGGGCUGCUUCUUGACAAGGCGCACAGCUGGGACUUUUUCUUGCCUGUCAGGUCUUCACAGAGCAGCAGAGCUUAACUUGUUGAUUUGGGGACCGCUUAGUGAUGUGGCUGCAUCUGUUUCAGGAACGUCAGCUUUCUGGUUCAAUGGUGUGUUAAGCAGAACACUGACUGCCUUGUUGGGAUACAGUUUUUGCUCAGAAAUGGCUCCUGCACCUUUUCCUGGGCUGUGCCAAUAAAAACUUCUGAAAGUUUC